AUGUCUGACCUUCGCUGUGCUGUGUACGUUGCACCACCCAUUCCCUCAAUUAUCCCCCCUCCUGGAACAGGCACAGGUGAUUGGUCUCCCAUCUCGUGUACUCUCGUCUAUUCGGCAACAGAUGCGGUUCUCGUGGACACACCUAUCACAAUAGCGCAGACAUCGGAUCUGAUCGCGUGGAUCAAGAAGAUUGCUCCCGGCCGCGCCCUACGAUACAUCUACAUCACCCAUGGCCAUGGCGAUCACUUCUUCGGCAUUCCAUUGUUACUCAAAGAAUUCCCCGAAGCGCUUCCUGUAUCUACACCAGCCACAGUUGAGCACAUGAAGGAGCAAAUCGAAGAUUCCUACUUUGAAAAGAACUGGGGCGGCCGAUUUCCCAACCAGAUUGCGCAGCCAUUUAAGCUGGCCGAGCCUCUGCCUGAGCACCUGAGCUUCAAGCUUGGAGACCGUUGGCUAUUUCAAGCCAUUGAGUGUGGCCAGUCUGAUACUUACGAUUCCACUAUCCUAUGGGUUCCUGACCUGCAGCUCGCCGUUUGUGGUGAUGUGGUCUACGGCCAAGUUCACCAGAUGCUCCUCGAAGCCAACACAAAGGCUAAACGCGAGGCCUGGAUCCGCAGUAUUGAAAAGGUCGAAAAGCUGGAUCCGGUAUACGUGGUUGCUGGGCAUAAGCAAGCGGAGGAAAUGGACGGUGUAUGGCAUCUGGCAGCGACAAAGAAGUAUAUUCAGGACUUUGGAAAGGUCUUGGAGGAGAAGGACCCCAAGGAUGCGAACGAGCUUGCUGCAGAGAUGCUGAAGCUAUACCCGGACAGAUAUAAUCCCUUUGCCCUACGGCUUAGCGCCAUAGGAGCGUUUUUGGUACCCAAGGAGCAGCGUAUUUAGAUAGAAUGUACUGUAUCAAAUACGAAUUAUGAAUUGCGGGUUGGCAAUCGCGGCUUUGUCGGGUGCGAAUUUGGCGUCGAUGUGGUCGGAUACGAAGGCUGGACUCAAGUGCUGUACCCUACGUCAUGCAAGUCGCUAUUGUAAUAUAAAUACUGUGGCAUCUGAGAUGUACAUA